AUGAGGCCCCUCGGACUCAUGCCGCAGCGGCCAGGCAUCCUGCCCGCUCAGACUCUUCGCCUUGGCGCCCUGAAUGUCCGGCCAGCUCGGGUGCGUCGAUCAAGGCACAUUGCGCAUGCCCUUCCGAGCCUCGAUCUACUCCACAUCUUCAACACCGGGCUGGCCCUGCUGCCCCUGGCCUACGAGCCCGUAGUUCUGCCAUGCCACACCCAGAACUGCGGCGACCAGGUCCACAGAAGCACCCUGGAUCCUGUGCUGCGGUUGGAGCAGAAGGGGAUCAACCCCCAGGGCGUCGUGCUGUGCCUGGGCCUCCUGGUGUACCUCUUCGCCACCCCUGGUGUCCUCCCUGGCGCGAUCGACACAUACAUCAAGGCCCCGCUCCAGCGACUCCGUGCCCAGCCCUACUGCAGCGAGGACUUCACUGUCGGCAAGAAGGUGGCCAGCGGAGGGUUCGGGACGGUGUACAGGGCUGAGAUGAAGGACCCUCGCCGCCCCGGAGAGACCCGGCCCGUGAUCCUGAAGAAGGCCACCGAGUUUGGCGAGGCCGAGGCGUGGAUGAAUGAGCGCAUGGCCCGCACCAAUCCCCUGGCCGUGGCGGACUUCGUGGCCGCCUUCACGGAGUUCCCCAGCGCGCGCACCGCAACCGACCCGCUCUGGCUGGUGUGGCAGUUCGAGGGGGAGCACACCCUGGCGGAGCUGAUGGUGCGCAAGGAUUUUCCCCAGUGCCUGGCGCCGCUGCUGUUCGAGGACCCCAGCGUCGUGCCACCCGGCGUGGCCGGCCAGGUGUUCCUGCUCAAGACCGUGAUGCAGCAGUUACUGGAGGGCCUGGCGGCCUGCCACUCCACAGGGAUCGUGCACCGCGACGUGAAGCCGCACAAUUGCAUCGUCUCCACCGUGGACCGCCGCAUCAAGCUCAUCGACUUUGGCGCGGCGGCCGACCUGCGCAUCGGAAUAAACUACGUGCCGAACCAGUACCUGCUGGACCCGAGAUACGCCCCGCCCCAGCAGUACAUCAUGUCCAAGCACACACCCAGGGCACCUGCGGCCCCGGUGGCUGCCCUGCUGUCGCCCGUGGUCUGGGCGCUAAACUCGCCAGACAGAUUCGACAUGUACUCUGUGGGAAUCAUGAUGCUGCAGCUGGCCCUGCCGCCGCUGAGGACGGACAAUGCCCUGGUUGCAUUCAACAAGCAACUGGCGGACACAUACAAGCACGACCUGCGGGCAUGGCGUCGGGCGCGGGAGCGGCGAGGAACAAAGGACCUGGCCGCGGGGCUGGCCAUCCUGGAUGCGGACGGGGGGGCGGGCUGGGACCUGGCGUGCAACCUCGUGCAGUACCGACCUGAGGACAGGCUGUCGGCGCAGGGCGCGCUGCGCCACCCCUGGUUCGACACCUCGCCCCUGGCCCGGUUGGGGUCUGCCUUUGGGGACCUGACGCAGCGGGUCAGCCAGGCCACGACCGGCCUGGGCGGGCAGUGGCUUGGGGAGGUGAUGGCGAGGUCGGGCACUGCCGCCAGCGGCGGCUUCACGGAGGCCCAGCUGAGUGAGGAGCUGGAAGAGGACGGGGAGGUGUGGCAGGCGCCCCCAAAGGACAUCUCGAGCACCAUCGCCUGGUGGCAGCAGCGGGAGGCGCGGCUCCAGAAGGCCGCACGCGUCCAGCAGAGGAAGGCUGCCAAGCAGCUGGUCAACCUUCGGAAGGACACGCGAAACACGGUGAAGGAGAUCAAGAACCGGGUGUCGCUGCUGUACCCCCUCCUGGGCGGAAGAUCUGGCCGGGAGACGGGGGAAGGGACGUAG